GCCAGAGGCUUUCAUGUUCUUUAGGGCUCUGAGUAAAAAAAAAUCAUACCUUUUCUGUUCUUUGCAUUCUCAAGAACAACUUUUCGAUUAGGCUAUGCUCAGAGUUUCGAUAUCUCUAUAAUAUAUAUGUGUGGGCAUCUCAAAGGAGUUUGUUUUUAUCAUUUAUGCCUAACCUGUUCUCAUUUGUGUAAUGUUCUGUCAUUGAGUCUUUAUCUCUGUGGCAAUAUGAUUCUGUUCUUUUGUACAAUGCAAUGUUGUUAUUGAUAUUAUUUUUUUUAUUCUCUCUCUGGCUGGUGUGACUGAGAAUGGAAAAAGAUCUUGGCAGACAGGAUAUUGAGGAGGUUCCAUGUUCUGGUUCUUCUAGAAUGGAGCUAAAGAGGAGUCAUCAGUGGCUGACAGAAGAGUCCGGGUCUGAAGUGUUCAGUAGCAAGAGGCAGGUGGUAGAGAUUGAUGGUUUCUCAACUCCGCAUAUGAGUUUAUCUGCCUGGGAGAGUUCUCUUGUGCCUAGACAGUUGACUGAUUGCUUAUUUGAUCCUGCUAAUGCGCAGCAUUCAGCACAUCUCCUUGGCAGAAAUAUUUCUCCGAUGGUUCAUGGUAGCUCAUUUGAUCUUGAUGCUAGAAGGGUUAGAGUCAAUGAAGUGUGUGAACCUGGAAACAUACCCGAAUCCAUGGUUCAGUUUUAUGGUGAAGGAACUUCAAGAUCAUUUGGAAUGGGUCCUUCAUGUGAUAGCACGCUCCCCUAUCGCCAAACCUGCAGUAAUAUUGACAAGAGCUUCAUCUUGCCAGGGUCAUUGGCGGGUGGAAACUUCAGUUAUGGCAAAGGAGAUGAAAAUGUCUUCUCAACAUUUCAACCAUUUGAGAAAGGAGUAGAAAACUUCGCAUUGAUGAGUCAGUCUCUUCAAAAGGCUGAUUGUAAUCUCUUCUCAAUGAGUCCCUCUUAUAACAAGGGACAGGAGAACUCCAUGCCUCUUCUCCUUUGCGACAAAAACCUUCUCCUGAUCCAACCAUCCUAUCACAAAGAUAAUGCUAAUGUGUUGUCAGGCAGUGAGAUGUCAUUAUUGGUCUCAAGCCAAGGGAGAGCAGACCAAAACAAUGAUCAAGUUAGUCGCGAGGAUAGUAUUAGCAAGACCAUAUCUUUUGGAGAUUAUCAGAGAGAAACCACAUUGGGUUCGCCAGUUCAUGUUAUUAACAGUUAUGAGAACUUCAACCAUGCCCCUAAAGAUCCGCUUCAUAUGGAAGCAGAGGAAAACAUGUCUUUCGAAUUCAGAAGUCCACCCUAUGCUUCCCCUGGAGUUGAUACCUCGCUCGUGCCCAAAAUUAAAGACUCAAAGGCAGCUAAGAAGGGCUCUACAAACACAUUUCCUUCAAAUGUUAAGUCCUUUCUGUCAACAGGAGUGCUUGAUGGGGUUACUGUGAAGUACUACUCGUGGUCACGUGAGAAAAAUCUCAAAGGAGUUAUAAAGGGGACUGGGUACCUAUGUGGUUGUGGCGACUGUAACCUUAAUAAAGUUCUGAAUGCUUAUGAGUUCGAGCAGCAUGCUAAUUGCAAGACAAAGCACCCAAAUAACCACAUAUACUUUGAGAACGGAAAGACCAUUUAUGGCGUUGUUCAAGAGCUGAAGAACACACCUCAGGAGAAGUUGUUCGAUGCUAUUCAAAAUGUAACAGGAUCUGUUAUCAACCAUAAGAACUUCAACACCUGGAAAGCUUCAUAUCAAGUUGCCAGCCUUGAGCUUCAGCGGAUCUAUGGGAAGGAUGUUGUCACUUUGGCAUCUUGACAAGACGAACUAUCAACUGACCUUGAACCAGAAGGAGAAGAAAAUACCUUUCAAGGAUGAGGGCGAAAGGAGUAAUGAGAGCAGUAGCAACUGCCAUCCGGUAAGCAACCAAGACGUGAGGGCUCAUACCUUGGUUCAAAGCUAGUUUCGCUACUAUAGACAUCAGUGCAUACAAAAACUGAAUGAAAACAAUGGCUAUGAAUGGCCUUGCUUUCUGAAACUUCAUUUUUUUUUUGGUUUGCAGCUUCUCUGCAUAAAAACAGCUUUUCUAAUGGGUUUAGAAAAGAGCUGUGUGUUUUGGUUUGUUAUAAGGACAAUAUGAAAGUUAUAUCUAUGCGUGUAUGUAUAUAUGAAUUUUGUUUGAAGCCU